AUGAAGACAGUAGCUGGAAUAACUAUGAGCGAUGGAUAUCGAUCUGCGGAAUGUUUGAAGAAUUUCUGUUUCCCAUCGCUGUUUUUAAUGUUCAUGCAUGAUAAAUUUGAAAAAUGGACGCAAAGCACUGAAGUCUCCUGA